CUAACACGUUUCACUUUCUCAAUCUCAUCUCAACAGAAUAUUCAUUCAUUCAUUCUCACUUCUAGGGUUUCUCCCUCGCCCAAAAAAAUACACCCCAAUCUCUCCAACAUUCGUACCAUUCAUAGAGGAACUGAGGAACACCUCUUCCUGCGAUUAGGUUUUCCAAUUGCAAUGCCGCUUCCGACGAAACCAACGAGGCCACCACACGAAAUCGGCAGGGACUCCGAGGAGUCAUCGACCCCUUCCAACAACCUAUGGGUUGGAAAUCUAUCGCCGGACGUAACGGAUUCCGAUCUGAUGAAUUUAUUCGCUCAAUACGGCGCUCUCGACAGCGUCACCUCUUAUUCCGCUCGCAGUUACGCUUUCGUUUUCUUCAAACGCGUUGAAGAUGCUAAAGCCGCUAAAAACGCUCUCCAAGCCUUCUCUUUUCGCGGCAAUUCCUUGAAAAUUGAGUUUGCCAGACCGGCAAAGCCAUGUAAACAGCUUUGGGUGGGUGGUAUUAGCCCAGCUGUUACAAAGGAAGACUUGGAAGCUGACUUUCGUAAAUUUGGUAAAAUUGAGGAUUACAAGUUCUUUAGAGACAGAAAUACUGCAUGUGUUGAAUUUUUCAAUUUGGACGAUGCUACCCAGGCAAUGAAAAUUAUGAAUGGAAAACGCAUUGGUGGGGAAAAUAUUCGUGUUGACUUCCUCCGGUCAAAUGCUACAAAAAAAGAUCAAUUGCUUGAUUAUGGGCAGUUUCAAGGAAAAAGCUUGGGGCCUACUGAUUCCUAUUCUGGGCAGAAAAGACCACUGAAUUCACAAACUCUAUUGGGGAGGAAGGGUGAUGGUCAGCCCAGUAACGUUUUGUGGAUCGGUUAUCCUCCCAAUGUUCAGAUUGAUGAGCAAAUGCUCCACAAUGCUAUGAUUCUAUUUGGUGAAAUUGAGAGAAUCAAGAGUUUUCCUUCAAGGCAUUAUUCAUUUGUUGAAUUUCGAAGUGUUGAUGAAGCCCGACGUGCAAAAGAGGGCCUUCAAGGACGCCUUUUCAAUGAUUCUCGCAUAACAAUUAAUUAUUCAAGCGGUGACAUGGGACAUGGCAAAGAUUACCCUGGCUUUUAUACUGGAAGUAAUGGGCCAAGACCUGAUUUAUUCCUAAAUGAGAAUCCAUAUCGACCAUUACAGAUGGAUUUAUUCGGUCAUAAUCGUCCUGUGGUUCCAAAUAAUUUUCCUGGACAGCUGCCUACUGGCAGUAUUGUUGGUCCAAACAUGCCAAUGCGGCCGUUUGGUCCUCAAGGUGGUCCUGAAUCUGUUGUUUCUGGCCCUGACUUUAACGAGAUCAAUACACUACACAAAUUUCAGGAUGGUAGCUUGACGAAUAAGAUGGGUCCAAACUGGAAAAGGCCAUCUCCGCCUGCACCAGGAUUGCUUUCUUCUCCUGCUCCAGGUGUUAGGCUUCCUGCAAGAUCAGCCUCUGGUGCUUGGGAUGUACUUGACGUAAACCAUAUUCCAAGAGAUUCUAAACGGUCUAGGAUGGAUGGUGCAUCACCUAAUGAUGAUGCUCCAUUUCCUUUAAGAAAUAAAGAUGAUCGUAGAAAUAAAGAUGAUCGUAGGUUAGCUCCCGAACAAACAUAUGGGAUGGGUCCAGCUAUUGAUGGAGGUGGUUCUGGUCCAUAUCAUGGAAGGGGUAUACUUGGUCCAGGAAGCACAAGGAUUCCAGCCGGAGUACAUGCUUCUGUCCAACCCGAUGAUAUUGAUCAUAUAUGGCGCGGGCUUAUUGCAAAAGGAGGAACACCUGUUUGUCGUGCUAGAUGCAUCCCUGUAGGAAAAGGGAUUGGAACAGAGCUCCCUGAAGUUGUUGAUUGCUCAGCUAGGACAGGAUUGGAUAUACUUGCAAAACACUACGCAGAUGCAAUUGGCUUUGACAUUGUUUUCUUUCUGCCUGAUAGCGAAGAUGAUUUUGCUUCAUACACAGAAUUUCUACGCUACCUUGGUGCAAAAAACCGUGCUGGUGUUGCCAAGUUUAUUGACAAUACAACUUUAUUCUUGGUACCUCCUUCUGAUUUCCUGACAAAAGUUUUGAAAGUCACUGGACCUGAACGUUUAUAUGGUGUGGUUCUCAAGUUUCCACCAGUGCCUAGUGGUGCGCCCAUGCACCAAUCACCGCAUUUGCCCAUGCCUUCAACUCAAUAUAUGCAGCAGAUUCCUCCUUCACAGGCCGAAUAUGAUAUGAAUCCUGCUAAGGAGGAACAGGUUUUGCCCAUGGAUUACAACAGAAUGUUGCACGAGGAUUCUAAGCUUCCAUCUAAACAAGUAUAUCCACAACCAGGUGGGCCUCCUUCAGUUCAGUCUGCAGCUCCAGAUUAUGCUCCUAAUGCUGCUUCUGGGUCUCAAGCUGGAGUUGCAUUAACACCUGAGCUUAUUGCGACUUUAGCUUCUUUUCUUCCUACAAAUGUUCAAUCAUCUGCUACUGAUGGUGCCAAGCCAGCUGUAGGCUCCUCAAAUUCGAAGCCUCCGUUUCCUCCUGUGGCAUCUAAUGAUGGAAACCAAUCUCAAUUGUGGAAACAGGAUCAUCAAAUUGCAGAUCAAUCCAUUCAUCCACCUCAGCAGUUGAGGAGUAUGUAUAACAUUCACAAUGCUCAUUAUCAGCCUUAUCCACCAGCAUCAGCUCCUGGCCACACUUCUCAAGUGUUCUCUGGCAGUUCUCAUAUUCAAGACAAUGUUGUUAGCCAGCAACAGCAAGGUGUGAAUUCAUCUAGACACAUGCCUAAUUUCGUGACACCUACUCAAAGUGGACAGGUAGCUGCGUCCUCCCAUUUCAGUCAUCAGUAUCAGGUCGAAGUUCCUUCCAAUACUCAAAAAGGCUUUGGUGUGGUGCCAGGAAGUGACCCCUCUGCUUUAUACAACUCCCAGUCUUUCCAGCAACCUAAUAAUAACUCCCAGUCUUUCCAGCAACCUAGUAAUAACUCUCAGCCUUUCCAGCAACCUAGUAAUAACUCUCAGCCUUUCCAGCAACCUAAUAAUCCUCAGCAUCAACCUGUCAUACCAUAUACAGCGGACCAAAUGAACUCCAAUCCUCCCAUUCAGCAGCAUCCUGCCUAUGGAAUUGGUCAAGGAAACCCAGAAAUGGAGGCUGAUAAGAACCAGCGGUACCAGUCAACUUUACAGUUUGCUGCCAAUCUUCUACUCCAAAUACAGCAGCAGCAAACUCAAGGAGGACAUGGGCCAGGAAUUCAACAAUGAGAACUGUUUUCUGUAAUGGCUGUGGUUAGACAGACGCAUAUGUACGCUCUGCUUGCAACAAAGGUGCCGUCAAUUUGACAAAUUUCGCAGGGAUUUGUAUAAAUUAUUUAUUAAUCAGAAAAGGGUCUUUAGUCUCUUCCUUCCUAACAAAUAUUCUAUCUACAAAUUUGUAAGGAUGGAUUUUGAUUUUUGUUUCUGUUCAAUGUGUAUAACUUUAUUCCAUCUCAAAGUGUAAUGACGUUCGAAAAAGAAUUAUAACCGACUGCGGAUUUUUUUGUUAUUAAAAGGGUGCGUUUGUUUUUUUGA